AUAAUUGAACAAAAUACAACACAAAAGCAGCUGAUUAUGAAUCCGCACAAAGAACAAAGAUCACAUGAAAAGCGGUGCCCAAUAUUUAAAUGAAAUUGAUUCAAGAACAAAAGUACUCGAAAUUAGAACAAAGGAAGUGUGAACUAAAAAUCUUAAAGAUAGUAGGCAAAAAAGCAGGAGCGAAAUCCACAACUGAAAUCAAGAGCAAAAAUCACCAUGGCCAGAGCAGAUGUCAAUAUCCUAUCUCUUCUCCUGUUAGCAUUAUUAUCGUUUGAAUAUUGUACCGGUUAUUCAGCACAUGAGGAUGCCCUUAUCAUUGCCGAAUACAAACGUCACUUUCGCAGCACGGAUCAUGCGUUGGUUGCUCGCAACUUAGUGCACCAGGCCAGUUGGGCAUCAGUAGGCAGUAUAUCGACAAAUGAAAAAAUCACCAACUACCCGAUGGUCAAUGUAAUAUCAGUGGAUGAUAGCGCAUUGAAUGGCAAAUCAACUGGUCGAAUACAUUUUUUAUUAACCGAUUUGGAUUUUACCGGUCCGGACUGGCAGAAUAAUAAUAAAGUAACUUUCCUUUUUACCGAUGAACAAAAUUUAAAUUGUAAAAAACGACGCGAAGACCCAAUGGAACCAACAUGUGCACGUACUAUAAUUAGCGGGAAGGUUAGAGAGUUGGACAGCAAAAACGUUGACUACAACGAUUGGAUAGAGGCAUUCAAAAGUCGGCACCCAGCUGCAAGGAAUUGGCUUAAAGCACAUAACUUCUAUCUAUGUGAAUUGGAAAUAGAAAACAUUUUCGUACUGGACUACUAUGGAGGCCCGCAUGACGUAUCGGUAGAAGACUAUUACAACACAAAAACGAAGUAACAUAUUUAAUGUGGUGAUAAAAUACAAUGACUGAGGUAGGAACUAGUGAUUCGAUAUCAGAUAUCUACAAAAAAUAUUUAGCAAUACAUUCAAAUAGUUUACAUAUGUACUUAUACAUAUAUGUACAUGGUAGAAAGUUCAAUUUAACGUACAUAUACGUAAAAUAUAUUUUUGUAAAAUAUUACCGAGAGAAUGAUUAAUAAAAUAUGUUUGUAUACACAUACAUA